GUCUUCACACUAAAUGACAGGCGGUUUUAGGCAGAUUGAAGUCAGGUUGAUCUUAGCAGAACUAAAUAUUAAAAUAAAAUAAAAAAAAAUCUUAGAUACGCUGUUGGUUUCUUAACAGAGAAAAAAAAUCCAAACAUUGAUCAGGUUUAGGACUGAGAUUACUCUGAUCUUUAACAUUUGGAUAUGAGUUGAAAGAAAUGCGAAGGAAGUCUCCUCUGAGAAGAAACAUGCGGAUGGGUUUAAAUGAGGAAACUUCAGCGUCUUGUAGAUUUCUGUAAUUCUUUGGUCUAUCAUGCGUAAAAGAUGGAUUCGCCGGAGGUUGCUUGUCAUCAUUUUCACUUUUUUCAUCAUUGUCCUCGUGGAUUUCCAAUUACGCACGAGCAGCUUCCCCAGAAUCAACGCGGAUCACAAACCGUCACUUGGCGCGCAGCGCAGCUCUAUCCAGCAGGUUCUUUCCGAGGACGCACGGAGCUCUGCGUCCAACAGGAGCAUCACCAGCAGCUUAGGUGAAUCCCAGCAUCAUGCCAAGAGCGGGAGACUCCCGGGCUCUGAGGGUCCACAUGUCACUCAGCCCCAGCUGAAGAUAGAGGACAUCUACAUAGCUGUGAAGACCACCGGAAGGUUUCACAAGACGCGGCUCGCGCUUCUUUUGGAGACGUGGAUCUCCAAGACCAAAACGCAUACAUUUAUUUUCACAGACACUAAGGACGAAGACUUAACUUCACAAGGUUAUAACUUGGAGGUAACGAGCUGCCUCUCAGAUCACAGCCAGCAGGCUCUGUCCUGCAAGAUGGCAGCGGAAUAUGAUGGUUUCAUGGCCUCAGAAAAGAGGUGGUUUUGUCAUGUAGAUGAUGAUAACUACAUGAACCCGGAGGCUCUGCUCUCUCUGCUCUCGGCAUUUCCCCAGGAUGGUGACAUCUACGUGGGCAAAGCCAGUCUGGACAAACCCAUCACUGCUCACGAGCUGCUGGAGGGAAAUGCAACGAGGACUGUGCAGUUCUGGUUCGCCACCGGAGGAGCAGGGUUCUGUCUGAGUCGARGGCUGGCAGAAAAGAUGUCCCCAUGGGCCAGUGGUUCACGUUUCGAGCAAACAUCAGCAACAAUCCGCCUCCCAGACGACUGCACAGUGGGCUUCAUAGUGGAAAAAAGACUGGGCAUCUCUAUGGUUCACUGUGUUUUAUUCCAUUCCCACCUGGAAAAUCUGCAACUCAUAAGUCAAAGAAGCAUACCACAGCAGGUGACACUGAGCUAUGGGAUGUUUGAGAACAAGAUGAACAGCAUUGAAGUAAAAGGAAGCUUCUCUAAGGAAGAAGAUCCCUCCAGGUUUAAGACCGUCCACUGUUUGCUGUAUCCUCUCACCAGCUGGUGUCCUUGAGAACCUAGUGGGAAAUAACACAACAUCCAAACACUUGAGGUAGAGUGUGUAUUUUGCCGGAUGAAAUACAUCUCCUAGAUGUGGUGUACAUGAAGAAAAUGACAAAUUUAAAGUGAKUUGACGAUGCAGAAAACCUCAAUAGGAAAAGUGGAAAAUGAGAUAAUGUGCAAAGAUUGAAUUAAAAAAAAUGUUUUCAUUAUUUUUUUACUCGUAAUUGCUUACACAGUGAAAAUGCAAAGACGUAGAAUAUAUUAUGUAUAAAAAUCUUGAAAUCUGUUUUUAAAUAUGUUUGUUUCAUGCAAAAAAUGUAACUUCUGAAAGAUUUGUAUCAUUUGAAAUAUUUUUUUCUGAAGCACUUAAUAAAGAUAAUGAAGUUUUA